ACUAGACCCGUGUCGACCGGCAAGCAAACGUACGUCACAGACCCAUCGCUGUACCCAAUGAACCAGCCAAUGCCAAGAUUAGAAGCUCAAAUUCAAUGUGCUGGAGAGGCUCAAUAUACUGAUGAUAUCGCAACCAUGGCCAAUGAAGUGUUUGGUGCUUUUGUACUCAGUACAGUAGCCUUAGGUACUAUCAUCAAGAUGGAUGCCACCGAUGCAUUGAAACUCGCAGGAGUAGUAGCUUUCUACACCGCCAAGGAUAUUCCUGGCCUUAACUCUUUCACCCCCAAUGAUGGUGCAUUCACCACUCAAAACGAGGAAGUUCUUAGCGAAGGCACAAUUAAAUAUUACGGUCAGCCGAUCGGUAUUAUUGUCGCCGAAGAUCAACACGUAGCGAACAGGGCUGCCGCUCUUGUCAAAGUUAAAUACAGCAAUCUGGGCAAACCUAUCACAGACAUCAUUAAAGCAAGGACGGAUUCCACCAGGAACACUCUGUUUACUUCCAUUGAUGCCACGGCAACUGGAUCAGAUAUUCACAAGACUCUAACUGGAACAAACUACAUGCAUGGACAGUACCAUUGCUCAAUGGAGACUAUGGUAUGCGUUUGCCAAGCCAACAGAGGAAGGUCUUGAAGUACAUUUGGCAUCUCAAUGGCUGGAUGGACCUCAUGUGAUGAUUUCCAGGGCUUUGAACAUUGAAAAGAAUAAGAUUGACUUGCACAUCCGCCGUGUUGGAGGCAGUUACGGUUUGAAAAUUACCCGUAGCAUCCAAGCUGCCGUUGCUUGCAGUCUUGUCGUACAAAAGCUAAACCGUCCUUGCCGUUUCAUCCAGCCACUGGUUACCAACAUGACAGGCUUUUGGCAAGAGAAUGCCAAACGUUGUUGAUUAUGAGGCCGCAGUAAACAGUUCUGGAGUACUGCAAUACGUGAAUACUACAAUCUAUACUGACAAUGGUCACAUGAUCAACGAGCCUUGCAUUGUUUACGGUACUGACACGUACCACAACUGCUAUGAUGCGUCUAAAUAUAAUUACAAGGCCUACAACACCGUCACUGAUACACCUAAAAAUACUUUCUGUAGAUCACCUGGUACAUUGGAAGCCAUCGCAUCUGCUGAACUUAUAAUGGAGCGCAUUUCUUACGAAUUAUCGUUAGAUCCGGUAGCAGUUCGUGUAGCCAAUUUGGAAGUGGCUAGUAAGGAAGAAAUGAACGGAAUUUUGGAAAAUCUCAAGACUAGCGCUGAAUACGUUAGCCGAAGAGCCGCGGUUGAUUCUUUCAACGCUCAAAACAGAUGGAAGAAGCGAGGUUUGAGGUGGGCUUUCUGUAGAUGGCCGCCAGCAGGUGGUGCCAACCUCGACAUCAACCUGUCGGUCUACCACGCUGAUGGCUCCAUCAUUAUCAACCCACGGUGGUGUUGAAAUGGGUCAAGGAAUUAAUACAAAGGUAGCCCAAGUAGCUGCUUAUCUCCUGAAAGUACCUUUAGAAAAAAUCCAAA